AAAAUACGGCAAUUCCCCGGCCCUGUUUGGGCGCGAUCCACCAAUCUACAGCGACUGAAUUGGUUGCAAACUGGCCGUUCGCACGAAAUUCAUACGGAACUGCAUGACAAAUACGGCACAUUUGUUCGACUGGGUCCGAACAUGAUAUCCAUCUCCGAUCCCAACGCCCUCCCCACAGUGUACCCUAGCAGAACUGGUGUCAAAAAGGGAAACUUCUACCGAGCCCUGAUGCCCUUUGUCGGCAAGGGGGAUUUUUUGCCUCUUGUCUUCAACACCCGAGACGAGCCCUUUCACCGCGUUCUCCGAAAGCCAAUCGCCCCGUUGUAUACGAUGUCCAAUGUGUUGACCUUCGAGAACACCGUUGAUCGAGUGCUUGAUCUUCUUGUCGCACAGUUGGUUACGCGAUUUGCCGAGCAGCAGCGAGUAUUCGACCUGGGAUCGUGGCUGCAACUGUUUGCCUUUGAGAGUAUGGCUUCCAUGACCUUCUCCAAGCAAUAUGGCUUUCUGGAGACAGGAAGAGAUGACACGGGGCUUCUAUAUGCCAUU